UCCGGACUGUCGUACUGGUUGCACACGGAAGUGUUAAUCACGUGACACAUCCUGCGUAAAUAUUUCGCUUAAAGUGAAUGAUCCCCGACUUCGCUGUUUUCUCUGCAUAAAUGAUUAUCGACUUAACUUUUCCUUAGUUUCAACUGCGUACAUUUUGUCUAGUAUUCCCAAUUUAUUGCAAUAUUCAAGCUAAGCACGACAAAAUGAACGUGGAUCUUCCGCAAACCGGACAGACUGGAGCAGCAGCCGCAUCCAGCAGCAGCAGCAGCAGCAACUGCGUCCCGAACAGCACCUCCACAAACGCCAGCAGCAUCCCUGCGCUCGGCAGCAGUAAUGUUCCCACUUCGGCAGCCAUGGCGACCCCAUCAUCCGACUCCAGCGUGUCGAACGGGGUGUAUGUGCCCACAGGCAUCGCUAAUGGAGACGUGAAGCCCGUGAUCUCAACCACACCGCUGGCCGAUUUCCUGAUGCAGCUGGAGGAUUACACUCCUACAAUCCCAGACGCAGUCACAGGAUACUACCUCAACCGAGCUGGUUUUGAAGCAUCAGAUCCAAGAAUGUGA